UGAGUGGCGGGCUCCCUGCUCCACCACCAGUGCAGCCCCGCGAGGGCAAGGGGCUUCCCUGCCAGCAGCUGGAGAUGGGACCAGACGGGCCCAGGCCCCUGGGAGGGGGGACUCUGGGCCUGCUCCUUUCCAGGCAGGGCAGGUAGCGGCUGCUGGCUCCAGGGCAUGCUCCGGGGGACGCAGCAGCCUGAGGCUGGCUGAGGAGGAAGGUGCUUAGGAGCCCUGACGCUGAGCUGGGUGGGCCGCGAUGCUGGAGCCCCUGGAGGGGGCCUGCUUUCUGGAGGCCUGGAGCUAGCUGUGAAAGCCCGUGGGGAGCCCCCCCCACCGACAGACCGCUCUUGGCUCCUGUGGAGGAGGGGCUGGGGCCUGGGCAGGGCCGCCGCGUUGCAGCUAUGGACCAUGAGCUGGCCUGGCCCACACCCCUGCUGACCCUGCCCGUCCGCAGCCAUGGUCUCCAUGGGCUUCCUGGUGUACAUCGUGGUGGAGCUGGCCAUUGCUGUGCUGGCCGUCCUGGGCAAUGUGCUUGUGUGCUGGGCCGUGUGGCUCAACAGCAACCUACAGAAUGUCACCAACUACUUCGUGGUGUCGCUGGCAGCGGCCGACAUCGCUGUGGGCGUCCUCGCAAUCCCCUUCGCCAUCACCAUCAGCUCGGGCUUCUGUGCCGCCUGCCACAGCUGCCUCUUCUUCGCCUGCUUCGUGCUGGUCCUCACGCAGAGCUCCAUCUUCAGCCUCCUGGCCAUUGCCAUUGACCGCUACAUCGCCAUCCGCCUCCCCCUCCGGUACAAUGGCCUGGUGACUGGCACAAGGGCCAAGGGCAUCAUCGGUGUCUGCUGGGUGCUGUCGUUCGCCAUCGGCCUGACCCCCAUGCUGGGCUGGAACAGCUGCGGCUGGCCCAGCGCGGGCGGGAACCGCUCGCAGGGCUGCGGUGCAGGCCAGGUGGCCUGCCUCUUUGAGGACGUGGUCCCCAUGAACUACAUGGUGUACUACAACUUCUUCGCCUGCGUCCUGGGGCCCCUGCUGCUCAUGCUGGGCGUCUACCUGCGGAUCUUCCUGGCGGCGCGGCGCCAGCUGAAACAGAUGGAGAGCCAGCCUCUGCCGGGGGCGCGGGCCCAGUCCACGCUGCAGAAGGAGGUCCACGCGGCCAAGUCCCUGGCCAUCAUCGUGGGGCUCUUCGCCCUCUGCUGGCUGCCGCUGCACAUCAUCAACUGCUUCACCUUCUUCUGCCCCGCGUGCAGCCACGCGCCCGCCUGGCUCAUGUACCUGACCAUCGUCCUCUCCCACACCAACUCCGUGGUGAACCCCCUCAUCUACGCCUACCGCAUCCGCGAGUUCCGCCAGACUUUCCGCAAGAUCAUCCGCAGCCACAUCCUGAGGCGGCGGGAGCCCUUGAAGGCAGGCGGCACCAGCGCCCGGGCCUCGGCCGCUCACGGCAGCGAUGCCGAGCAGGUUGGCCUCCGCCUCAACGGCCACCCGCCGGGCGUGUGGGCCAAUGGCAGCGCCCCGCACCCUGAGAGGAGGCCCAACGGCUACGCUCUGGGGUUUGUGAGCAGAGCGAGUGCCCCCGAAUCCCACGGGGACGUGGAGCUCCUCAGCCACAAGCUCAAGGGAGCAGGCCCAGAGCGUCCUGGGCUCAGGGGCCCCCAGGCCCCGGCCGGAGCGGGAGUGUCCUGAUGCGCCUGAGUUUCCGUUCUCCUAUGGGGAGGACGUCCUUCCUUCCGCUCGGCGGAGGAGUGAGUGUGCCGAGGGCCCCUUCUUGCGGCCAGCUCCCCUGUGCACCGAGGAAGGAGUCCUGGCUGGAGCGGCAUGAGGCCAGCAGGAAGGGUUUGGAGUCCAGAGAGGCAGAUGUUCCAGGCUGGGAGGCCCUGCGCCGGGCGGGCCGCGGCCCCAGAGCAUCUUCACCGGGCGGGAGGCCUGGCCCCCAACACCAGGAGGUGCCACGUCUCCGCAGAGCAGCCACGGCAGAGCAGGCUGCCUAGCCCCGAGGCAGGGGAGUGGCUCCAUCAGGCCCCCUGCCACACACACACCACCCUCCCGGGACUUUCUGAGAACUCAGAAGCUGCUGUGCCUGGAGGUGGCAUUUGACUAUUUUUUUCCCAGGAAAAAAUAUAAGCGUGAGGAAAUCCUUUUUUAAAAUUAUCUUGCCUGCCUUGUAGCCAGGUCCAUUGUCAGUCCCGCCGCUAACCUGGCGCCAGGAGCCCCAGGCAGCCCUCGGCCACAGCCAUGAGCUGCCACGCACGUCUCACCCUGUCCAUCUAGGGCCAUUUCCUGGGUCCACAAAGCUGGACUCAAGUAUGGGGGACUGUUAACGGGGCAGAGCCAGCGUGUGGGCUCAGGAGGAAGCCAGGGCUGGCCCACCACGGGGUGUCCUAACAGCUCAGAGCUUCCCAGUUAGUGGCCCUAGGUAACCGCCUUUCCUUCUGAAGGGAAUGGUUUUUUUUGUGAGAUAAAAUAAAAAUGAGCCACGUUGUGUUU